AUGCCCCCGAGAAUUAUCACCCUCGUUCGCCACGGGCAAGCCCAUCACAACAUCGGUUGGAAAUUCGAUUGGCACGACCCCUACCUAACCCCUUUGGGCGAAACUCAAUGUCAUGAGCUCUCGGAAAGAUUCCCAUCUGAACCUCCUGUCGACUUGCUCGUUUCUUCCCCCCUGAGGCGAACGAUUCAAACGACGCUUCUAGGGUUCAAGCAGCAGAUUAAGAGCGGUGUCAAGAUGGAGCUCUUGGCCGAGCUUCAGGAGUCGUCUGAGAUGCCAUGUGAUACUGGGAGUAGUCGCGAUGUGUUGGAGAAGGAGGAGUUGUUCCGAGAUGUGGAUUUUAGCGGUCUGCCGGAUGACUGGACUUCGAAGAAAGGAAAAUGGGCCCCAGACCCUCAUUCUCUCGGGGAACGUGCCAGAGCCGUUCGUAAAUGGCUCAAGUCCCGAUCAGAAGGCCAUGUUGUCGUAGUCCUGCACGGUGGUUUCCUUCACUACAUCAUAGAAGAUUGGGCCGGCCGCAGCAACCUCCUAGGCAAUUGCUGGAGAAAUACUGAAUUCCGUUCCUAUGUCUUUGCAGACGAGGAUGAGGAUAAUGCUUCGGUUGUUGAGACUGAUGAAUCGAAGGAGAGGAGGAAGGGGAGUAAAAAGCCAUCGGGCGAAGGUGAAGCGGUUGAGAAGGUGAUGAGGAAUUAGAAGGGGUAAUUAUUGUAUGAAGAAUUGUUUUACAUGAAUGGUUUUGUUAGUGGUAGAGUAGGCACAGUACCAGGAUACGUUGUAUCAUCCUAUUGUGCUCUAGAAUCGGGAGAGCGACAAUAGGAUUUUCACUUGUU